CGAAAAUUGUAAUUACUGAGAAAGCGACCCACCCUCAAGUGUGUAAACAUGAUCAUGCUCGUCCUGCGCUAAACAAUGAUGACAAUCACACUCUCAACUUCUUGAGUACCUAAAAAUUGUCCUAAAAUAUCAUGUCCUCAGCAGUGUGGAAGAAGCAUGGAGGGCAGGGCGUCUUCGUGCCACUGCGCUACUUGCUUGCCUUGCUUCAGCUAAUCUUCAAUGGGAUCACAUACAGAUAUCCGGAGGUACUACUAGUACUCGCUGGAUAAGAUGAAUGUGUGAACGCAGGAAGUAGGCUUUGAUCUUCCACCAUACCAUACGACCACACGACGUACAGCUCCUGUUUUUCAUACCAGAAACAGAGUAAGUAAGUAGC